AUGACUUCGCCUGCGACGGUCCCCCUCGCGUUACCGACGUCUCUACCGCUGCUUGCCGGACCUCAGUUACUUGGUGUUUUCUUCAACUGGGGUCUCCUGGGAGUCUUAACACUACAAUGCUAUUCAUAUUACGACAACUUCAAUCGGACCGACCGACUCUCCCUCAAAUUCCUCGUGCUCAGCGUGUUCAUCUACGAGUGGGUGCAGACCGGGUUGAUCACGGCCGCAGCAAUGCAGAUCUACGUGUACGACUACGGGAACGUCAUCUCGGUGCUCGCGUUCCACAACACCUGGUUCUCCGCGACGAUCAUGUGCGGGCUCAUCUCGGCCGUCGUGCAGAUAUUCUUUGCAUGGCGGAUCUUCAAGCUGUCGCGGUCGCCCGUGCUGGGUGGCUCGAUGGCUGCGUUCAUUGUCGCCCUCGCAGUGGUGCAGACGAUUGCAUGUAUAAUCACGGGAGUGAAGGAGAAAGCUGAAGGCAUUGCUUCCGCGCUGCAUGGGCAGCUACUCACUGUCGCAAUCCUCUGGCUAGGGGGGACUGUCGUAGUCGACGUGCUUAUCGCCGUGUGCAUGACCUACCUCCUCCUGAGGAGAAAGACAGGGAUAUCAUCAACAGACGCGCUUAUCAACAGGAUGGUCCGCCUUGUGGUCGAGACAGGCACCCUUACUGCCAGUCUCUCGAUCCUCGUCCUCAUCACCGCGAAUAUCCGACCACUGCACGAGACGCUAGUCUAUCAGGCACCUGCGCUUAUCCUCACGAAAAUGUACUCGAACACAUUCCUUACUAACCUCAACAGUCGCGUAUACCUACGCAAGUACACCCAAUCCACAUGCGAGCUCCCGCCGGCGAGCGGCGUCCGUUUCGCCAACAGCGGCACCUCGGCGUUCGAAUCCUCCAGGGACCAGACGAGCACCGAGGAGAUGGCGCAGAAGAGCUUUGCGCUCGCGGGUGCGCUCGAGAGCAGCCGUAGCGCGGGGUCCGCGAUGCUCCGGAGGGACGCGGGCACAGAGAGCGAUGACGCGGUCUCUGAGAAGUCGGAGAAGCGUAGGCAGCGGCGCAACUCGAUCGUUUAAAGUUGUGGACUCCUCUGUACUCGGAUGGUCUCGGGUGGGGUUUCGUUCGAGGUCGACGCUAAUGGGGAAGUGCGCAGGCCCGCCCAUGAUUGAUUGAUGCGUCAUGGGUGCUCCAGAAGUGGUAAUUAUGACAUGGAGCCGUUGCGGUGUACACUUAGUCUGUGUUCAGAUCUUAUACCUCUG